AGGGUGUGUCUUUCUGCCACCGGACACACACAAGUCAACAUGUCGUGGGAAUUAGGUACCGCUAGCGGUCUCCUCCUAGCUCUCGUGGUCGUUGCAUCUCUCUUGUCGGGAGGGGAGGCGUAUGGGACCGGGGCGCCACUGUCGGCAUGCACGUCCCAGCAGCCAGGCCACUACGGCUUUACGGCACAGACCAGCGCGAGCCCGUACAGUCUGACCGUGUCUUCUUCCGAGUACACUCCGGGACAGACUCUCACAGUGCAAAUAACUGGGGCAGACUUCCAAGGUUUCCUCAUCCAAGCUCGGAAAGUCGGCACCACCACGGCUGUUGGAUUCUUCACCUCGCUCCCCUCCGGAACCAAAUCCAACAACUGUGACAACGCCGUGGCCUCUGGGGACAACACCGCCACCCAUUCCAGCACUGCAGCCAAACGCGACCUGACACUAACUUGGAGCGCACCCGAAAAUCAAGCAGGGCAAGGGACGAUCGAGUUCGUUGCUACCGUCGCUCAGCAGAAGGCCACCUACUGGAUGGGAAUAACGUCUGCCCAGCUCAGCGAGGCCACCAGUGGAGAUACUACCACGCAUGCUCAAGGGACAACCAGAACACAAGCAGAUCAGACCACCGGAGGCGCAACAGGUGCCACUCCCACGGGAUCGUCCCAAACAGGGUCACCAAUGACUACUGAGAGUUCAACACCCGGGUCAGGCGCUACCAUGGCAACGACCUUUAACCUGCUGUUGCUCGCCAUCCCAGCAUUCCUGGCAAAACUACUGAUGUAAUCAUUCGUGUGAGCAGAAAUAUGAAGUGUUUUAAUGAGAAAGGAAAAUGAUGUAGUCUGUGUAAAAUUUUGAAGCCAUUCGAGAAUAUAUGUGUAUUUUGAUCUAUACGCCAUGCAUGCUUAUGUUUCUCAUCAUAGUUAACAUAUUGCAAUUAUAGAUGUCUUUAUCUGUUUAUUACAACAUUUUCAUAAGGAAAUGUUAUUUCAUGGCAGUUUACUUUGCCAUACACAGCACAUGCAUAAAAGUCUAUUAUGAAGAAUAAAGAAUAUUGUUUCAAAGAA